GGCAAAAAUAAAGAGAACAUUGCAAAAAUAAAGACUGAAAUAAUUUAAAGAGUUUGAAAGAAGUGUUUAAUUAGUAAAUAUGACUACUAACGAAAAUAUAAUGGAAGAAAUGUUAGAUCGAGCGACAAACCCCAGUCGCGAAAAUAUAGACGAACUAAGUUCACAGAUGUUUUGUAUGGUCGUGCGGAGUAACCCAACACUCGUAGACAAAGCGCUAAAAAUGAUUAUGACGAAAGUUCGAUCUAAAGAUAUCACUGAGUCCACAAGGGCGAUAAACUUACUGGAGGAAUGCAUGAGUAAAUGUGGUCCAGAAUUUCAAGCCGAAGUCGCUAAGUUCCGCUUUCUUAAUGAACUCGUUUAUCUUGUUUCAAAAAAAUUUCAAGGCGGUGAAACACCAGCAGCUAUUAAAAAGAGGAUCAUUGAGUGUCUGUUAUUAUGGACAGCGGAGUAUCCUCAAAAACUCAAAAUACAAGAAGUUUAUAAAAAGCUCUGCUUAGAAAGCGAAGUGGAUCAAGCAGCUGCACCGGUUGUAGAGUCUAAGCGCGAAAGUACGCUCGGCAUUGACGAAAAAAUGUUAUCCAUGCUCAUUAACAGUAAAGAUCCCGAGAAUUAUAAACGAGCAAAUUUAUUAAUACAAAAUCGAGUGAAACAAGAUGCCCGUCGAAUGGAUUUUAUGAUACAACAUAAAAACUUUUUACAAGAAGUUACAAACACCGUCGAAUUGUUAGUAGAAAUGCUAAAUAUGUAUGAAUCGGAAGGAAAAGAAAUCGACGAUCAGAGCGAAAGUAUGUCGGUAAUGCGGGAAUUGUACCAUUCAUGCAAAAAGUAUAAACCCACAAUUGAGCGAUUACCUACUUUAUUGGAAAACUGCGACGAAUCCUUAAUUGUUGAAGCUGUAGAAAUUAAUGACUCCUUACAAAAUGUUAUAAAGCGAUUCAAGACUUUGGUCGGAACGCCAACGAAAAUACAGUCAGCCGGUGUUUUGUUGGACAGUACUGCUGAUGUAAAAGUUCAAAAAGACGCCUCAGAGAAAACCUUCAAAUCUGGAAAUACUGAUCUGCUGUCAGAUUUAUUUGGGGAAGAAUCAAAUGAGCUUGCAUCCUCAUCAACCGCUGCUACAUUUUCAUCAAUUGUUGACCUGGAAAUGUUUGGUGCAACUUGCAAUUUCAAAGAGAGAAAAGGGGAAGCUAUUAUCUCAAAUCCACUUGAUGAUUUAGAUUCACUAUUAGAUAUUGGCUCUGCGUUAAGUAGUGAUUUACCGGCAAAAGCUGAAAACGUCAAUGAGAUUUUUAGCAGUAAUAUCUUAGAACCCACACCUGUAUCUAGUGCCAAAGCGGAUGUGUCUAGUGCCUUGCAAGAUGUAGAUAUUGAGACCGAGAUAAAUUCUCAUCGAAAAAUGUCCACUAUUGACAAAUUGAGUGAAGAUCUUUUUCAAGCGUCUUUGCGGGACUUAGAACGUGUAUACAGCUUUAAAAAAACUCCAGAGAAACAAACUUUAAAUGCUUUGGCUGAGGAAAAAUUAAAAUGCAAACCGAUUCCUUUAUUACAUUCAAAAGAUCUGCAAAAAAAUUGUGAAAAUGUAACCCAACAGGAAAAAGCUGAAGAGGAAAUAUUUAACGAAAGCUCUGUGAAAGGUGAUGCUUUAAUAAUAUCGUCGAAAUAUGAAGGUGUCGAUGCUGAGGCAUUAGAUCCCGAGAUCUUAAAAGCUGUUAAUAUUGAAAAUAUUAAAGAGGAAUCGCCCAAUAUAUGUCAAACAAUAGCUUUAGCUGAUAUUGAGAUAGAUUUGGAUAAGGUAGAGCCUGCUGCUGGUGAUCGCGUACUGUGGGACGAUGACGAUGUAAAAGUAAUGUUGACUUUCACUAAAGAUCGCCCCAGUAAGGAAAUAUCAGUAAUAGUUAUCUCCGUUAGCAACAAAAGUAAAUUACCUAUCCACAAUUUUAAAUUUGAUGCCAGUGUACAUAAGCCGUGCAAAGUGCGCUUGUUGCCACCAACAGCUGUUACCAUGCCUCCGCAUAAACCAUUUCGUCCGGCAACUCCAAUCAAUCAAGUUAUGUUAUUGCUCAAUCCAACCUGUAAACCGACCGAUGUUACUUGCUUUUUGGGCUACAAUCUUGGCGACGACCCAGAUCCGAUAAAAGAGUGGCACGUAGCUAAAGACAUUCCAUAUGUUGAAUAAAUAUUUUUAAUAAGGUUCUUUAAAUAGUAGUUAGGUGCAAAUUUUUAAUUGGUUCCGAUUUUCAAUACAUCGCGUAAACAAAUUCCCAUUUGUAUUAAACAUUUUAUUAAAUAUUAAAGAUUUUAUUUCUAUGCCUCACCAUGUUUUAUAAAUAUUAUUAAUUUUAACUUAAUUAGUUAUUGAUUUAGAUUUUAGUUUGUUAUCCAUGCAUUUUCAAUAAAAUAGGAGAAAAACAUUGUUAUGUAUAAAAAUACAGUGCAGCUAAUAAUAAAACUGAGGGAAAAAUGUUACAAUUGAAAACAUCGAAUCCCACGUUCGAAAAAAGUAUA